UAAAUAAACUAACCAGAUUUUUUCCAGGUUGGUAUGCCGGUGUUCAAAGUGCUGCAAAUAUCCGACACCCACUAUGACUUGGACUAUGUGGAGGGCGCUGUGACCAAUUGCGAAGAACCUCUAUGUUGCCGCACUUACAGCACCCUAAGGAGCGGCGAAGAGCCCCUUCCCGCAGGCAGAUGGGGCUCAUACGAAAAAUGCGAUGCUCCCAAAGCUUUGCUCGAGAACAUGCUGCAAAACAUUGCCUUUCAGCACCCGGACAUUGACUAUAUUCUAUGGACUGGCGACUUGCCACCUCACGAUAUUUGGAACCAAACCAAGCAGAAAAACCUGAAGGUGAUAGAAGACACCAUCGCGAUGGUCGUGAAAGCUUUUCCAAACACGCCCAUAUUUCCAGCUGUCGGAAACCACGAAUCAAGUCCAGCGGGAAAGUGAGUAGAAUAGAAACGAUCGGAUUUUAUUUUUUUCUAAACGCAGUUCAGUCCGGAUAUAACGAACUUGAAAAAUGAACUAAAACUGGUUCGUUAUAUCCGGAGUUCGCUACAAGCGAAUAACAAUACAAAAACACGUGGUGUAUUUUAUUUCGUUAUUUUUACAUAGAGUAGUAGAAGUUAGUAGGUAUGACGAAAAAGAACACAAAAAGAUAAACAAAAUUCAAUUGGAAAUCUACUUCAUAAAGUCU